CUAUUUUUUGGUAAAACAAGAAUCUAAAAUGAAGACCCGAAGCAACAGCCGCCUCUAUGUUACACAAGAGUCAAGACACGCUUGAGAAAAGUCAAAUGGAACAAAGAAAAUAAAAACAUGCUCUGUAUAAUUUCAUUCUCGUUUUUCCACAAACCCACGAUAUAUGUGAACACCGGAGAACCCAGCCUGCGAAUUUUCAAAGCAACCAAUUCAAGGACGAUGACCGCCAUGAAACCCCAUAGCUACCGAUCCCUCUGCUUCUUCAUAAUCCCCCACCUUCUCAUCUCCAUAGCUAAUGCAGUUGACACCAUCACUCCCGCACAUCCCCUCACCGGAAACCAAACCUUAGUCUCCGCCGGCGAGCUCUUCGAAUUGGGGUUCUUCAAUUCCGGAGACUCCGGCCGCCGGUACCUCGGGAUAUGGUACAAGAAAAUCAAAGACAGAACAGUUGUGUGGGUCGCAAACAGAGACAGCCCACUCACGAAAUCCGCCGGAAUCUUGAAAAUCGGCGAGGACGGGAACAUCCAUUUGAUCGACAGUGCCGGAGAUUCAAUCUGGUCAUCCUCGUGGAACCGAACCAACACAUCCGCUCCUAGAAACAUAUUCGCCCAGCUUCUGGAUUCUGGGAAUUUCGUUCUUGCCGGAGAAACAGGGGAUGAUCUGUGGCAAAGCUUUGAUUACCCGACAGACACAUUGUUACCAGGAAUGAAGCUGGGAUGGGAUUCCAAGACCGGAAUAAACCGAUACAUUUCGUCCUGGAAAAGCCCAAAAGAUCCGGGACAAGGGGAUAUAAGCUUCAAGCUAGACAUUAAUGGCUACCCAGAAGCUUUCUUGAGGAAUAAAGACUCAAUCUUUUACAGAAGCGGAGCUUGGAAUGGAGUCCGGUUCAGCGGAGUCCCGGAAAUGGAGACAGAAGGAGUCAUCAGCUUCUCAUUUAAGACGACAAAAGAUGAAAUCUACUACACAUUCCAGAUUCACAACCAAACCCUGUACUCGAGAUUGAUCGUGAACCAGACCGGGUUUCUGGAGAGGUACACGUGGGUCCCGGAGAGCGAAAUCUGGAACAGAUUCUGGUACGCGCCGAAAGACCAGUGCGACGAGUACAGGGAAUGCGGUCCGUUCGGGCGGUGCGACGCCGACGGUUCGCCGGUUUGCCAGUGUUUGACCGGGUUCAAGCCCAAAAACAAGCAGGCCUGGGAUUUGCGAGACGGGUCGGGCGGGUGCGUUCGGGUCAAGGAGUUGGGCUGCGGCGGCGAUGGGUUUAUUGCGUGGAACUACACGAAGUUGCCGGAGAGUGGGGGCGCGUUUGUGGACGAGGGGAUGCGGUUGGACGAGUGCGAGAAGAUGUGCGUUGGGAAUUGCUCGUGCACGGCUUAUAGCAGCGCCAAUGUCAGCGGCGGCGGCGGGUCGGGUUGCGUGAUUUGGACGGCGGAGCUUCUCGAUAUGCGGAAGUUCCCGGCGGAAGGUGACCAACUUCUCUACGUCCGGGUGGCUGCUUUUGAUGCAGAACAAAAUGGUAAUGCAAAAAGGUCUGGACAGAGCUUUGGCAAGACAAAAAAGAUAAUCUUGGCAUGUAGCAUCACACUUGGGAUUGCCCUUAUUCUUUUUGCCCUUUUUAUGUGGGAGAAAAGAAGAACAAGGAGAGCCUUUGCAGCAAAUAUAUACCUCAGAGGUAUAGGAGAAAGAAGUGGAGAUCUUCUAAUGAAUGGAAUUGUUAUUUCAAAAAAGAGAGAGCUUUCUAGGGAAACACUCAAGGAAACAGAUGAGUUGGAAUUACCAUUGUUUGAUCUUGGCACCAUUGUUGUGGCAACAAACAACUUUUCCAAUGAAAAUAAGCUCGGCCGAGGUGGUUUUGGUUGCGUUUACAAGGGAAGACUCAUUAGCGGUGAAGAAAUAGCUGUUAAAAGGCUAUCAGAGAAGUCUAGCCAAGGAGUAGAAGAGUUCAAAAAUGAAAUCAGAUUGAUUGCCAAACUCCAACACAGAAACUUGGUGCGGCUUCUUGGCUGCUGUGUUGAUAAUGAGGAGAAAAUGCUUGUAUAUGAAUACAUGGAAAACAAGAGUCUUGAUUCUUUUUUGUUUGAUAAAGAGAAGAGCUCAUUGCUCGACUGGAGAAGGCGAUUCAACAUCAUUUAUGGAAUUGCUCGUGGGCUUUUGUAUUUGCAUCAAGACUCGAGGUUUAGAAUUAUUCAUAGAGAUCUUAAAGCCAGCAACGUUCUCCUGGACAAGGAAAUGAACCCUAAAAUAUCCGACUUUGGCAUGGCAAGAAUAUUUGGAGACGAAACGGACUCCAAGACUACAAAGAGAGUAGUUGGAACAUAUGGUUAUAUGUCACCAGAAUAUGCAAUGGACGGGCUAUUCUCAAUGAAAUCCGAUGUUUUUAGCUUCGGAGUUCUUGUGCUAGAGGUAGUGACCGGGAAAAAGAACCGAGGGUUCUAUCAACAAAAGGACAACGAUAACCUUUUGGGACUUGCAUGGAAAUUAUGGAAAGAAGGAAGGGGAUUGGAGCUACUAGAUUCAAGUUUGAGUACAGAAACACAUUCAGGAUUCAAUAAUAAUCAAGUCAUGAGAAGUACACAAGUGGGGUUACUCUGUGUCCAGGAGAAAGCUGAAGAUAGACCAACAAUGGCAGCAGUAAUAUUGAUGCUGAGAAGUGAAGAGGGUUUUCUUCCUCAACCUAAACAACCUGGGUUUUGUCUUGGUAGUAGACCGUUAAAAACGGAUUCGUCAUCUAGUGUUUAUAAUGAUCAAUCUUCAAAUGAGCUUACAAUUACCAAGUUGGAUGCUUUGUCGUCACUUGUUUCCUCGUACGGCCUCACCGACACCCUCACCUUUAACCAAACCCUCAAUGAUGGGGAGUUCUUGUCCUCAAAGGCGGCGUCUUUUGUUCUUGGAUUCUUCUCCCCUGAGAAAUCUUCCGGCAAGAGAUAUGUCGGAAUCUGGUUCAAGCAAAUUCCGGAUCAAACCGUUGUUUGGGUCGCUAACAGAGACAACCCCGUCAACGGCACGACGGGAAUCCUCUUCAUCGACGCAGCCGGGAAUCUGGUUAUCCAGGACAACCGAACCGGCGUCUCCGUCUGGAACACCAGUCUUUCUUUUCCGGCGGAGGGUAAGAGAGUAAUUUACUCUGCUCAGUUGCUGGACACCGGGAAUCUGGUCCUGUAUCGCGACGACCCGAAUAGGCGGGUCGGAUCGUGGCAGAGUUUCGAUUACCCGACGAACGUCUUGAUCCCCCACAUGAAGUUCGGCGUGGACAGGAGAACCGGGUUGAACCGGCACCUGACGUCGUGGAAGUCGCCGGAGGAUCCCGGGUCGGGUCAGUACGAAUUUAAAAUGGAGCUGAACGGGACGCCCCAGGCGUUUCUGUACCGGGGUUCGGACCCGGUUUGGAGAACCGGGUCGUGGAGCGGAUCCGGGUGGAGCGGGGUGCCCGAGAUGUCGCCAAAUUACAUAUUUAACCUCGACUACACGGAAAAUAACGAUGAGGUCACGAUGAGUUACUGGAUCCGGGACCCGACGAUACACUCCAUAUUCGUUCUAAACGAGUCGGGCACGGUGAACCGGAUGACGUGGCAGGGAGACGACGUGAAGAAAUGGGUCAAGUUCUGGUCCGCCCCGAGGGACGCGUGCGACGCGUACGACCACUGCGGCGCGUUCGGCUACUGCAACACCGAAAACCCGACGGCGUUCGAGUGCGGUUGCCUCCCCGGAUUCCAGCCGGUCUCCGGGAGAGAGUGGUACCUGAGAGACGGCGUCCACGGCUGCCGGAGGAACAACACGGAGGUGUGCGGGAAGGGGGAAGGGUUCGUGGCGAUGGCGCGCGUGAAGAUACCGGACACAAACACGGCGCGCGUGAACCGGAGCGUGGGGCUGGAAGAGUGCGAGGGGAUUUGCCGGGAGAACUGUUCGUGCAGCGGGUACGCGGUUGCUAACGUCAGCGCGGGAAGUGGGUGCGUCACUUGGUAUGGGCCAUUGUUAGAUAUCAGACAGUUCCCAAAGGGAGGACAAGAUCUUUACAUUCGACUCUCUGCAUCUGAUUUGUUAGGACAACAUGUGAAGAAAGCUAAAGGGCUUCAAGGGAAGAGGCUCGUUGAGGCAUUUGUUUUGCCUGUUGCUGCUGUGGUUCUUGCACUAUGUGCUUUCAUGAUAAAACAAAGGAAAGGCAAAAUCUUUCAAAGCACACUUACGGGCAACAUAGGCAGUACUAGUUUAAAGUCACCUGAUUGGUCUACUUUGGGAAAAGAUAUGAACGAAACUGGAGAGACGGAUGUGGUGAUGUAUGAUCUCAGCGCAAUCAAAACCGCGACGGAUAACUUUUCUGAUGCCAACAAACUCGGUGAAGGCGGAUUUGGUUCUGUUUACAAGGGAAAGUUUCAGAAUGGCGUGGUGGUAGCGGUCAAAAGGCUGUCAAGAAAUUCAGGGCAAGGGAUUGUUGAGUUCAAGAAUGAAGUGACACUUAUUGCUAGGCUACAACAUAGAAAUCUUGUGAGGCUCUUAGGAUGCUGCAUUCAACAAGGAGAAAAAGUGUUGGUCUACGAGUACUUGCCCAACAAAAGCUUGGAUAGUUUUAUAUUCGAUAAGACAAAUGGAGCAUCUCUGAAUUGGAGUGAACGCUUUGAAAUCAUUUUGGGAAUCGCCCGAGGAUUGUUAUAUCUUCACCAAGAUUCUAGGUUAAAAAUCAUCCACAGGGAUUUAAAAGCCAGCAAUGUUUUGUUAGAUGCUGCCAUGCAACCAAAAAUUUCUGAUUUUGGAAUGGCCAGAAUUUUCGGAGGAGAUCAAAUUGAAGCGAAUACGAAUCGUGUAGUCGGGACAUAUGGUUACAUGUCGCCAGAAUACGCAAUGGAAGGUCACUUUUCAGUAAAAUCUGAUGUCUUCAGCUUUGGCGUUAUGUUAUUGGAAAUUGUGAGCGGGAGGAAGAAUAAGAAUCAAUUGAACGAAGACUCUUUGAAUUUAGUAGGAGAUGUUUGGGAUUUGUGGAGUGAUGAAAGACCAUUGGACAUAGUCGAUCCAUCGUUGGGGGUAUCGUAUAAUAGCCGAGAAGCGGUGAGGUGCGUCCACGUCGGGUUGUUGUGUGUCCAGGCAUUUCCAAAUGACAGACCAAGCAUGUCCCAAGUGGUUUUCAUGCUAAGUAAUGAAACAGCUCUCCCUGUUCCUAAUCCACCGGGAUUUGUUUUCAAACUGCCUGGGAAUGUUCCUCCAUGUUCUUCGUCAUUAAGUGUUGGGACUGGGAACCAAACUGUUAAUGAUGUUUCCAUUACAAGACUCGAAGGUCGUUAAACACCAUUAUGCCAUUGUUAAUGUGUGACUAAUUAAGUUAGAUUGGUAAUGAUAUGUCUGAAUUUGUAAUGCGUUUAUAAAUGUAUGCAUAUAUAUAGGAAAUUUAGGUUUAUGAUAUGUCCUGUAUAUGCAUGUGGGAUUUUGGUUAUAGGUGAAGAUGAAGAAUAUGAAAAAUGAGUACAGUUGAGAUGUUUUUUUAACAUCUUUAUAAGUUUUUUUCUGUCACACAUACAUUUUUUAAGUUUGU